UCCUCCCGAUCUGUAGAUGACGUUCCUCCCUACUUUAAGAUGGAGCCGGUCCAGACCCAGGUUCAUCUGGAGCGUAACAGACUGGUUCUUACCUGUAUGGCUGAGGGCAGCUGGCCUCUGGAGUUUAAAUGGCUCUACAACGCCACUGAGCUCACGCGCUUCUCUCUGGAGUACAGGUACCUGAUCCCGUCUCUGGACCGCUCCCAUGCUGGUUUCUACAGAUGCAUCGUCAGGAACAGAGUAGGAGCCAUCAUGCAGAGCAGCACUGAAGUACAGGUCGCCUAUAUGGGUGAUUUUGUGGAGGGGGAGCGUUCCCAGACUGUGUCCCAGGGAGAGGCUGCUCUGAUCCAGGCUCCACGCAUCCACAGCUUCCCACGACCACAGAUUACCUGGUUCAGGGACGGACGCAAGAUACCCGCCAGCAGCCGCAUAGCCAUCACCCUGGACAACACUCUGGUCAUCCUGUCCAGUGUGGCUCCUGAUGCUGGACGGUACUACACACAGGCUGUCAACGACAAGAACGGAGAGAACAAAACCAGCCAUCCUAUCCUACUGACUGUGGAGAACGUGGGGGGGCCUGUGGACCCCAUCACCCCCACCAUCAUCAUCCCUCCUAAGAACACCAGUGUGAACGCGGGGAGGAAUGAUGUCAUAAUGGAGUGUGUGGCCAAUGCUAGACCUCUGAUCAAGAUGGUUAUAACCUGGCGUAAGGAUGGUGUAGUGGUCAGUACAGGGAUACGUGACUUUGGCCGCAGGCUGACCAUCAGCCUCCCAGCGGUCAGUGACAGUGGUUACUAUGAAUGUGAGGCCACCCUCCGCAGCAGCACUGUGCCUCCGGUCAACGCAGGGGCCUACCUACAUGUUCUAGACCAUCCCCAGUUUGUGAAGGAGCCUGUCCAACACAUCAGUGCAGAGAUGGAGAAGGUGGUGGAUAUCCCCUGCCAGGCACGAGGUGUCCCCCAGCCAGACAUAGUGUGGUAUAAGGAUGCUGUGGUCAUCAGUCCAGUGAAGAUGCCCAGGUACAGGGUGUUAGUUGGGGGCAGUCUGCAGAUCAACGGUCUGUUACCGGACGAUACAGGCAUGUUCCAGUGCUUCGCCCGCAACCUGGCUGGAGAGAUACAGACCAACACCUACCUCGCUGUCACCAGUAUUGCCCCCAACAUCACGGCAGGUCCAGCUGACAGUGCUGUGAUUGACGGCAUGUCAGUCAUCCUCCACUGUGAGACCAGCGGAGCCCCGCGACCAGCUAUCACCUGGCAGAAAGGUGAACGUGUGUUGGCCAGUGGUUCUGUCCAGCUGCCCAGGUUCACCCUGCUGGAGUCAGGCAGUCUACUGGUCUCCCCGUCUCACCUUUCUGAUGCUGGGACUUAUACCUGCAUGGCCAGCAACUCCAGAGGCAUAGACGAGGCUGCCGCAGAUCUACUGGUGUGGGCACGGACCCGUAUCACCAAGCCACCUGCAGACCAGAGUGUCAUCAAGGGGACCAAGGCUGUCAUGUCUUGUGGGGUGACCCAUGACCCCAGUGUGUCUGUCAGGUAUGUUUGGGAGAAGAGUGGUUCAGUGGUGGAUGUGAGCACCUCUCCCCGGCUCCGUCUGGACACUGACGGGACCCUGCACCUCACCCAGACCUGGUCAGGUGACAUCGGAACAUACACCUGUAGAGUCACCUCUGUAGGGGGCAACGACUCACGCAGCGCUCACCUCAGAGUCAGGUUAACCUCACAUCUAGUUAAGAUCUCUCUCUCUCUUGGUCAGUCACUCUGUCUGGCGUUGUGUGUCCAUCUCUAUCUUCCUCCCAUCAUGCAGUAUUAUCCAUUCACUCUUCAUCUUCCUCUUCCUCUCUCUCUCUCUUCCCCCUCUCUGUGUCUCUCUUGCAACUGCAUACUGUUCUACAUUCACUAUCUGUCCCUGACCCUCUCUCUCUAACUCCCUCUAUCUCUGUCUCUGUCUCUGUCUCUGUCUCUCUC